ACCUCACUGAUUAGUGAAACGCACCGCUGCGGUCUGGACCCGCUCGCCAUGCCGGUGCCCCAAGAUGUCUCGCUGACCGAGAAGGUGGAAGGUGUCGUCGGAGGCACCCCAGUGGAUGAGGAGCUAGAGCGGAUCCUAAAGGCACGGCUGGUGGAAUUGGCCGUGAUGCAGCAGAGGAAACUGAUGUUGUCCUUGGAGCAGAGUCGAAGAGAAAUCCUGGAGACCGUCUCCGAGUGCUUGGCCAAGGCGCGUGGUGAGGAGGAGGCGGAGGUCUCUGGUGCGCGGACAGAAAGAGGUGUUAGUUGGGCUGGAAUCAAUCACGCCAUAUCUGAGUGGGAUGUCCAGGAGCUCGACCCAAGGGACUCGGUCUACGACACGCAAGAUCUGGAGGACUUGGCGGCGGUUGGAAAGGUGGAUACCUCGAACUGCUACCAGUGGCUCCGCCUCAAGCUUGCAAAGAUCGAACACAGUUGCCUGGACGUGAUGGUCAGUCUCCUCAUUGCCCUGAACACCAUCGUCAUGAUGCUCUCACAUCAGCAGAUGGGUCAUGAAGCUGCAAAGACAGUUGGUGAGUAUGACUCCUCCAUGGCCAAUUUCGACAUCUCUCAGGACACCUUCACUCGCUGUGAACAGGUGUUUGCCGUGAUCUUCUUUUUGGAGCUUUCAGCUAGGCUUAUCAUCCAUGGAUGCAAGUAUUUGAAGAGCGUGCUGAACUUCUUCGAUGCUCUCCUCGUGGUCAUCAGCCUGGUGGAUAUGCUGAUCCUUCAACCGCUCCUGGAUUCAGGUGGCGUGAACCUGGUGAUCCUUCGUUUCCUUCGGAUCAUCAAGCUGGCGCGCACGCUGCGGGCGCUACGCAGCAUGCGCUUGUUCACGGGCUUAAGAGUGCUGGUGGCAGCCGUGAGCUCCUUCUUGCCCUCCUUGUUUUGGUCCAUGUUCUUCCUCACGAUUUUCAUCAUCCUCGGUGGUUUGCUGGUUGGUACCUCGCUCAUCGACUUCAUCCACGACGAAAGUCAAGAUUUGGAGGUUCGCCGAUGGGUUUGGCAAAGAUAUGGAACUUCGUAUCGGGCCACCUACACCAUGUUCCAGGUGACCUUUGCAGGAUGUUGGCCAAGCUAUGUGAACCCCCUCUUUGACAACGUCAGCAUGUGGUAUGCGUUGUUCUUUUGCAUCUACGUGACAUUCGUUGUGUUCGCCGUCAUGCGCGUGAUCACCGCAAUUUUUUUGAAGGAAACUUUGGAUGCAGCAGGAGAGGACCACGAGGUGGUCAUGUCAGAGAAGGAGGCCACAAAGAAAAAAUAUUUGCGGAAGCUGGAACGGAUCUUUCAUGAGAUGGAUGUGUCGGGAGACGGCCUGGUCUCAGAGGAAGAGUUCAAAAGCAUGAUGGAGGACGAAAACGUCAAGAAGUAUCUGGUCUUUUUGGAGGUUGACCUCAACGAGAGUCAUUCGUUGUUCCACAUGAUGGCAGAUGAAGACGGUCAAGUUUCUUAUACCAGAUUUAUGGAUGGUAUGAAUCGCGCCAAGGGCCUGGCGAAAGCGGCACCUUGCGGGUGAAGACUCAUACCAAGCGGAGAGGGGGAUACUUGUGUCGAGCUCUUUGGAAUAGGUUGAUCAUGGUUGAUCAUCGCAGGGGUCGGAGGUCGACAGGAGGUCACUCUUGGACCUGGCGGACUGAUGUUUCCCUGCUGAGGUUGGAGCUGACUGACUCAGCUAGGAGGUCUCAUCCUUGGCCCAGUCCCACUUUUUGACAGGCUCACAACUCACCAGUGAGCACGAUAGUUGAGCUAAGACAGGUGUGUACAAAGAAUGAGGCCCUGGGUUUACACAAGUUUUAUCAAGUUUUAUAUACACCUGUUAUAUCCUGUUAUAGGCUUGGGAGGAGAGUCAUGUUUGACCCACUAGCAGAUGGGAAUUGGAUCCAAGCCUUGUAGAGAUUUCACGGAGUUGGAUUCGACUGCUGAAAAGAGUGGGAUUCUACCCGCCCUUAACCCCAGUGGCACUCAUUUCUUCGUUAGUUUCUUCGUUUGAAACUGGUUUCAUGUAUAUAGCAGGAGUUGUCGCACUACCAGUGAGGCAGUGUGCUUUCUAAGUGUAUCAGCUGUGAUUUGUUUUUCGUUACCAGGCAGACAUUCUGUGCAUCCGACACGAUUUGGAGAAGCUUCGAAAAGACAUUAAGUUGGUCAAGGCGUUGUCAGGCCAUGGCCUCUCAGAGGAGGAGAUCAACGCAUAUCAAGCUGCAUGUCGCCACCUCAGCAUGAGUCCAUGGAAGUCCAAUAGUGGCCGGAGGUGACUUCGUUAAAAGGGGCGACCUCAGCCACUGCCUGCGUUCGGAACGAAGCGAAUAUCACAGGUAGGAGAGCCGCGCAAAGACUGGCUAAAGCGACAAGACUGUCCAAAGUGAGGGUCCUGUGCCUUUCCAUCGCAACGAAGCGGCCGCGAAGCGGCCAGCGACAACACACAAAAUGUGGGGAGAUGC